GCAACUUUUGAUAUCAUCCGCUCCUCAGUUUUUUCCCUGCAGUGUUGUUUUUCUUCUUCUUUCCGUGGGCGCAUCCACCCUCCGCUCGUUCAGAAACACGAUCACACCUCCAGGAGAAGUGUGUCGCUUCCUAAAGUGUUUGCGUAAACACGGCGGGAAGCUUUCAUGCGUUGUCCGGCUGCAGGAGUUGGGUCCGAAAACACGAAGACCCCCCGCCCUUUGUCCUCUGAUCACUUCUCAUCGGUCCCUCUGCAGCUCAGGUCACAUCUCGAGCAGAUGAAGAACAUGGAAGUGGAUCUUGGUGGAUUUCUGAGCCAGAACAUGACCUACGAUUAUGAUCAGGACUAUGAGUAUAAGGCGGACGACGAAUCGGAGGGCAGCAAGGCCGUGUUGAUCCCGCUGCUGUACUCCGUCGUGUUGGUUGUGGGUCAACUGGGGAACGUGCUGCUCCUGGUUAUUCUUGGACAGAAGAGAAAAUCUUGGAGCAUAUCAGACAUCUUCAUCCUCCACCUGGGAGUCGCAGACAUCCUGCUGCUGGCGACGCUGCCCCUCGGGGCUGUACAGGCCGCUGAUGGCGGAUGGCGCUUUGGGACUGAGCUGUGCAAGAUCAGUGGAGCUGUUUUUAAUAUCAACUUCUACUGCGGGAUCUUUCUGCUGGCGUGCAUCAGUGUAGAUUGCUGCCUGUCCAUCGUCCACAACACGCAGCUGUUCACCCACACGAAACCUGCGAGGGCUCAUCUCAGCUGCCUUUUCGCCUGGUUCAUCUCCCUGAUCCUCACCAUACCCGACUGGAUUUUUCUAACUGUGAAAGAUGUUAAAGGAAUGAAAACUGUUUGUGUUAACGACUACUCUCAGUCAGUAUCUGACUGGCGACUGUUUUCACGCCUGGGCCACCACACACUGGGCCUCCUGCUGCCUGCAGCCGUCCUGAUCUUCUGCUGCGUCCGUAUCCUGCUCCGGCUGCAGCAGAGAUCGAAAGGCUUCCACAAGCAGACUGCCAUCAUGGUCCUCCUGCCCCUGGUGGUGGUCUUCUUUCUCUGCUGGGUGCCAUACAACAUCACGCUCAUUGUGGACACCUUCAGGAACGGUUCUAAGGGACCUAAGGCUGGUUCUUUUGGAGAAGGUUCUCUGAAAACAGCUCUGAUGGUCACAGCCGCUCUGGGCUGCGUUAACGCCUGCCUCAGGCCUCUGCUCUAUUUCGGCCUGUGUGGUAACUUCAGGAAACGGACCCUGGCCUUACUGACAUGUGCUACAGAUGAAUCUAAAAGGUCACUGUGGGAGCUGGGUAUGGGCGAAGAAGCUCGGCCCGAGCAGAGUCAUGAGGCGGAGGAGAUGAAACAGAUGACAAAUGUCGAGCAUCAGGUGCAGUCGCCUCAGUGCUGACAAACAGACAAAUAACAGCACCGUGUGACUCAGAGAUGAAUAAUGUUUCACCGCUGGAGAAAUGUAACAUGAAGUCAUGUUAUCGGUCCGAGUUGUUCGAGGACUAUAUUGUGUGUAAUGUUGAGAAAUAGAUAUUUAUUUUUAAAAAUGACUCCCAUGUUGCACUUUAACUGUGAAGGUUUCAGAGCCACAUCAUGGUGUUGAACUUUCAUUUUGUAAUCACCGUUAAACAACUGUAGCUUGUCAUCAUUAAUCACAAAUUGUAUUUAAAUGUAGGUAUAUAUUUUUUAAUUGUGUAUCAUUAUUAUUAUUAUAGUUCAGAUUUUUUAUAUAUAAUGUCAGUGAACAAUUUUCAGAUGUUAAACAAUCAUCUUCAACUAAUGCCAUUAUCACUGAAAUUCUAGGGAACAUAAGCUCUUAUUUUUGCCAGUGUUACUGUAUGAAACAGUCUGACAGAGUUUAUAACUUUAUUUCUGAUAACAUGUCAAACUGUUUCACUUUUACAUGUUGUCCUCUGCGUAAAGCAGUAAAGACUGUGUGGAUUCCACGAUUGCGCAACGAGUGUGUGGAUGUCUGGGUAUGUUCAUGAAUCAGCGAGGGAAUUUCCUUCAGCGGAUCCCAUGCACGGCCUUUGUUUUUUACUGUGAGUUGCUACAUGGAUGUGUGUGAUCUGUGGGACACAGGAUUACAUGAACUGGUGCUGAUGUCAUUAGUCAGGUGACAGAGUGAGACAAAGGAGGGUGGAGAGAGAACUGUGGCGUGCUCUGUCUGUGAGAGCAGUUGAAUGUGGUGGGUAAACAGAGGGAAGAAGAGGAGUUAGUCCAGAUAAACUCUUAUCCUGAAGAUCCCAACACAACACCGUUUUACCACCAUGCUGCUUUGUAGGUUAAAGCCUGCAGGGCCGGCCUGAUUUCUGGUCUCAAGGCAAAAUAAUAUUAUAUAAACACAUGUAAAUGUUACAUGAAAUAAAAAUGACUUUCAAUUGGG